AUGUGGCUGGAGAAGGGGGUGUCUGGAGGCGCCCCGUCGGGCCGGGAAGGUGGCAGAAAGAAGCCCCUGAAGCAGCCCAAGAAGCAGGCCAAGGAAAUGGACGGAGAAGAUAAGGCUUUCAAGCAGAAACAAAAAGAGGAGCAGAAGAAACUCGAGGAGCUAAAAGCCAAGGCCGCGGGAAAGGGACCCCUGGCCACAGGUGGAAUUAAGAAAUCUGGCAAAAAGUAAGCUGUUCCUCAUAUCUGAGAUGAUGGUGACCCUCUUCCAUUCCUAUUUAAACAUCUGGAUUCCCUGCCAUAACAUCU